CCUCAGCGCGCUCGCUGUGUGCGGUUUGCACGCACGCCACCUCGUCUUCGGUUGCAGCUGCGCAAUCCCCGGCUGCUCGAGCGCUGCGCUCGCUGCAUCCUGGGAUAGCUCCCCUUGUGCGAGGCCAGCCCGGUGGAAACCAAGAUGGCCGAGUUGGUGUUGUGGAAAUCAGAGUGUCAAACGGGCCUGAAAUGAAACGUUAUCUCACUAAAGCAGACACCUCCGCCGAAAAAAAAAACAGCAGCAACAACAAACAUCCCAUUCCGGCGUCUUGCUGACAUCGCAGCAAAUUAACCGAGGGAGGUGUUUGUAUACAUACGCAAACAAACAGAGAGAGAGUCUCGUAUGAAUUCCGACGAGAAGCAGGACUGUGAGUGUACGCCACCACAGGCCAAGCCGAGCCCGGCAGCAAGAGCAGACAGAUCAUCAGGAGACCCUCACAUAGAAACCCUUGAAGCUAGCCGAAUGAAGCGAGCCGCUGCAAAGCAUCUAAUAGAGCGCUACUACCAGCAGUUAACUGAGGGCUGUGGAAAUGAGGCCUGCACGAAUGAGUUCUGUGCUUCCUGUCCGAGUUUCCAUCGUGUGGAUAACAAUGCGGCCGCCAUCAAGGCCCUCGAUCUUUAUAAGAUUAAUGCAAAACUCUGUGAUCCUCAUCCCUCCAAGAAAGGAACGAGUGCUGCUUACCUAGAGACCAGUGCCAAAGGAGCCCGCAACAACGCGUGCAGCGCCAGGGGGAUGAACCGGACGGAGGAGCCUCCCGUGAGGGAUCACUUCAAAGAUUUGAAUUACCUUACAGAGGAGAAAGUGUAUGAGAUCCUGGAGGCCUGUGGUGAAAAGGAGGAUUAUUCUCCUUUGAUCCGGGUGAUCGGCAGAGUUUUCUCCAGCGCCGAUGGCUUGGUGCAGAGCUUCCGCAAGAACAAGCAGCACACAAAGGAAGAGCUGAAAUCACUGCAGGGGAAGGACGAGGACAAAGAUGAGGAUGAGAAAGAGAAAGCCGUCUGCUCUGCUGCUGCGAUGGAGGAAGACUCAGGAGCCUCGUCUUCCAGGUUAGAAGCCAGCAGCAUGAACAAGCCGGGCCCUGACGAAGUGUCUGUGGAUGUGGAGGCGGUGAGGAGGGUCUACAGCAAACUCCUGGCCAAUGAGAAGAUAGAAGCAGCCUUUCUCAAUGCACUGGUUUACUUGUCACCCAAUGUGGAAUGUGAUCUGACGUACCAUAACGUGUACUCCAGGGAUCCCAAUUAUCUGAACUUGUUUAUCAUAGUCAUGGAGAACAGCAACCUCCACAGCCCUGAGUACUUGGAGAUCGCCCUGCCUCUGUUCUGCAAAGCCCUAAGCAAGCUCCCGCUCCCUGCUCAAGCCAAGCUGGUGCGUCUGUGGUCUCGGUAUAGUGCGGGGCAGAUCCGCCGCAUGACAGAGACGUUUCAGCAGCUCAUCACCUACAAAGUGAUCAGCAACGAGUUCAACAGCCGCAACCUGGUGAACGACGAUGACGCCGUCGUGGCCGCCACCAAAUGCUUGAAAAUAGUUUACUAUGCAAAUGUGCUGGGAGGCGAUGUGGACAGAGAUCACAAUGAGGAGGAGGACGAGGAGCCCAUCCCCGAGUCCAGCGAGCUCACUUUGCAGGAGCUUCUGGGGGAGGAGCGGAGGAACAAGAAGGGGCCUCGGGUGGACCCGCUCGAGACAGAACUGGGCGUAAAGACGAUCGACUGCCGCAAACCACUUCUCCCUUUCGAGGAGUUUGUAAACGAGCCACUCAACGACGUGCUGGAGAUGGACAAGGACUACACGUUCUUCAAGGUGGAGACGGAGAACAAGUUCUCCUUCAUGACCUGCCCCUUUAUCCUCAAUGCUGUAACCAAGAACCUGGGACUGUAUUACGACAACAGGAUUCGCAUGUACAGCGAGCGGCGCAUCACUGUCCUCUACAGCCUGGUUCAGGGGCAGCAGCUCAACCCCUACCUGAGACUCAAAGUGCGGCGAGAUCACAUCAUCGACGAUGCCCUUGUUAGACUUGAGAUGAUUGCCAUGGAAAACCCUGCAGACUUGAAGAAGCAGCUGUACGUAGAGUUUGAAGGAGAGCAAGGCGUGGAUGAAGGAGGAGUUUCCAAAGAGUUCUUUCAACUCGUAGUGGAGGAACUCUUCAACCGCGAUAUCGGAAUGUUCACGUACGACGAGACCACCAAACUGUGCUGGUUGAACCCGUCCUCGUUCGAAACGGAGGGUCAGUUUACACUGAUUGGGAUUGUGCUGGGGCUUGCCAUUUACAAUAACUGUAUCCUCGACGUGCACUUCCCCAUGGUCGUCUACAGAAAGUUAAUGGGGAAGAAAGGAACUUUCCGCGACCUGGCCGAUUCUCAUCCGGUGCUGUUUCAAAGUUUAAACGAGCUCCUGGAAUACGAGGGCAGUGUUGAAGAUGACAUGAUGAUCACUUUCCAGAUUUCACACACCGAUCUCUUUGGCAAUCCGCUGAUGUAUGAUUUAAGGGAAAAUGGAGACAAAAUCCCUGUUACUAAUGAAAACAGAAAGGAGUUUGUUGCCCUGUACGCUGAAUAUAUGCUGAACAAAAGCGUUGAAAAGCAGUUCAAGGCGUUCCGGAGAGGCUUCCACAUGGUGACCAGCGAGUCUCCGUUAAAGUAUUUAUUCAGACCCGAGGAAAUCGAGCUGCUGAUCUGUGGAAGCAGGAACCUAGACUUUGAAGCACUUGAAGAAACAACGGAAUAUGAUGGAGGCUAUACCCGGGAUUCCCGUGUCAUUAGGAGCUUCUGGGAGAUCGUCCAUUCAUUCGCAGAGGAACAGAAACGGCUCUUUUUACAAUUCACCACAGGCACAGACCGGGCCCCUGUGGGUGGCCUUGGCAAACUUAAGAUGAUUAUAGCCAAGAAUGGCCAAGACACAGACAGGUUACCCACAUCACACACUUGUUUUAAUGUCCUCUUGCUUCCUGAAUACUCCACUCAGGAGAAGCUUAAAGAAAGACUCUUAAAGGCCAUUACCUAUGCCAAAGGAUUCGGCAUGCUGUAACAGAUACAUGGCUGUUAUAAAGUACUGACAUUUCUUUGGAAGUUUAAUGUCCCUAUUUAAUGAAGAAAAGAAAAGCUGUCUAAGGUAGUGAGCUCCAGUAGUCACUUGUGUCUGUGCCUCCCUCCUGUACAGAGGGCAGCGAGCUGGAACAGCAGAGUACAGCUGCUUGCAGGAACACCAUUGUUCUGUUUGUGUGAAUUUGUUCUAUAUUCCUUCACUUGUAUGUACAGAAAGAGGUUUUCCUGACUGUAUUUUAAAGGUUAAAUCCGUUUCUCAUGGUUUUGUCUGCUUGGAGUUAAGCUGUUUUUUUGGGGGCGGGCGGGUAUAUAAAUUGUAAAAUCCCUGGAAAAUCUUGUUUUAAGAGGAAAAAAAAAAAAGAAAACUUGGAGCUUCCAGCUCUUUUGCUUUCCCUUUUUUGUGACUUCACUCAAUGAGGAGCUGUAAGUUUCUUCACUGGUUUACUUUGAAACUUGAAGCCUUGGAAAUGGUGUAAUGCUCAGUAAAGACGGAAGGGGGACCUUGGACUGUUAAACUGCAGCCUUGAAAACUUGAGUUCAACCACAGCACAUAAAAGCAAAAGAAAGGCAGCAUUCACGCCACGAUUGAGGGGCUUUACCAGUCUAGUAAUAUGAAUGUCGUGCUUGUUAUUUGUAAAGGAUAUUGUUUAGUAAUAGGCAGUACUUGCAGUACUUUUUCCUCAGAAGGGAGGGGGGGGGGGGUGCAUUUUCAAACAAUUAGUGCAGAGUACUGAAGAACAGUAAGAGGUUGCUGUACUGUGUAAUCAGGCAGCAUGUGAAAGUGCACUUAAAAAUGUGAAAUGUUUAAACUGCUUGUUACAAUGGCAUUUCUUUUUUGAUGAAAAUAUCAUUUAAUUUUGAGUCUCACCAGUUUGCUAUUGUUUUACAGCUCUGUUUUCUAACAAGAAAUAUAUUGUCAUUUGCAGCAGCCAGUUUUUAUUUGCUGUAGACUUUCUAUUCACUUUGAUGAAGCCCAUUUAUCCUGUCCCUACAUCCACAUGAGCUUCACACUUACUGUCAUAUUACCUGUGGCACUGGGAGUGAACAGGGACAGGAAACGCAGUACUUCAAUUAAACUUGGUGUCAACGCAGGAUCCAAAGACUGAAAAACAAAACUCUCCUGCAAAAUAGGGGAUUGGUUUUGAAUUCUUGGUUAUAAGACUUGACGUUAUGCAAACUGUAUCCAUUUUGCUGCCAGUUUGGCAAUAUGUGCUCUUACAUUUGUAUGUGUCCUAACUUUAUUAGAAAUAAUUGGCAUUUUGUAGACAACAGGAUAAUACCACUUCCCCUGCCAAUCUUGAAUAGCGCCUUCAAUUCCACACUCACUAGAGUGUGAGGGGGUUAAUAUUGGUAAGUGAUUCCACAGUGAACUUUACCUGCAUGCUUUUGAAGUUCAUAAAUCUCUCGUAGUCUCCAUUCAGCUGAAACAGUCACAGGAGUUCAAUUCACAUUGUAUACAGAAUCUUCAAACUAAGAAUGAUAACCAUUUUCUGUCUUCAGUUACUCUACAGCAAACAUAUGCACAUACAUUCAGUUUACAUACACGUAUGUUUAUAGUUUGUGCUUCCACUUCUUUUCUAACCUUAUUAGCCAUAUGCCCUGAUGUCUGUUGAUGUAAUGUACCUGUUAAUUGUACACCCCCACAGUUGUAUAUCUGAAAGAAGUCCAAUCUUUUAAGGGAAGCAAAUAAUCAAUGUUGUUUUUAUUGGGUUCAUUUAAACCCAGCCUCCUCUUCAAAACAAAAGAACAAGAAAAAUAAGUGGUGUGUAAACAUGAUGCUGAAUAAAAGUGACUGCAUUUUUAAAA